ACGCCGUCGCAGUUUAUUCGCGGCCCGUGACCGUUUGUCGCCGCAAACAAAAUGGCUCUGAUUUUUGCAGACUAAGAAAAGUUGUAGUUUUUGCCAUAUUUUCGAUGCCGUAGUGGUCGAAAAGUAGAUGCAAUCUGACAACGUUCCGAGUGUGCAAGUGCUGCGUGGGUUAAGAUGGAAGCUGGGCUCUGGAAAACCGCAGUAGAGGUCUACAAAGUGAAAAACCAUGCAGCCGUCUUCUUGACCAAUUGUGGAAUAGGAUACGAAAACUAGUUCUCACGCACACGCACUUACACACCGAAAACCUGCUAAAGACGCAAGCUGUCGCACGAAAACAUCUUCUCUGGCCAAAAUCAUGGAUCUGUGGACGUCAAUGUUCUCCUCGGAUUUCGAGGAGGGUGAGGGUGGGCCAGAGGGCGGGGAGGCGGAACUGGAGGACAGUGAGCAGUUUGGCAACGGCAAUGACGACUUUUUGUGCGACUCGGAGAUCCUGGAAGCAGGCGAUGCAAUCGAUGACCUUCUGGAUGGCGAAGAGGAGGAGGAUGACUACGAGGGCAGCACCAAGGAAGCAAAACAGCCCGAUCCUGACGACGAUGCCCUCUUUGACUUCGAUAUGGAACCCAUUGUAAACAUAUCGGAGUCACAGCAACCGGUUUUGGCUCCUGCAGGACCGAUGGGUCUUCAAGUGCGCCCACCAAUGCAGCGGCACUCAGUCCCCGGUACUCUUGGUCGUCCUAGAUUAGGUCCCGGACUCUCAGUGCGGCCCACCACCUCACAGAUUAACGCCACGGAUGAAAAUGGGGUGCCCAUUAACUACGAGCUGGGCGUGGUCUACAUCUGCCCCGCCUGCGGUGGAGAGUUCCGGCAACAGGACCACUGGAAGCGGCACAUGAACCACAUCCACAAAUAUAAUACUCUGCGGGGCUUGAACUUCUCGCCGCUGGACAAGCUUUACCAGCGCUGCAGAGAGUGCAACAAGCGGAUCGCCAUGCACAGCCGCGAAAACCUGCUGAAGCACAAGUUUACUCACCUGCCUUUUAGGUGCACCAAGUGCUACAUCUGCAAGCGGGAGUACAAAUACAGGCAAGAUCUAAUGGUGCACCUGCGUAUGGUACACUGCGAUGAAGUGGUGGCCAUGAUGCGGGAGGGAUACAACGCGGCGGGACGCAAGACACGGGUGCGGGAAUCGCGCACUGAGCAGUUGCAGCGGGAAAAGAGCUUCCGCGAGGAUGAUGACUUUGUGGAAGACUUGGAUCGUAUAGAGGUGCGGAACGAGCUGCUAGAGCCGGAUGCUGAUGAGUCUGGCACAUUUGAUCAGUCUUUACCCGAGGAGGUUUCCAAAAAAAAGGUUGCUGGCAAUCGAGGAGCUGCCGAGCUAUGCGAGGAUUACAUUCACUACAUGUGCCCCGAUUGCGGUACGGAGUGCGACACCCACGCCCAGUGGAGCCAGCACAUCGAGUUCGUACACGACUAUGUCAGCCGGCGGGGACUUAAUUUCCGGAGCGUAGACAUGCAGAUGCAGUGCCUCGAAUGCAAAAAGAUUGUAACCCCCAACACCAUCAAAUCACUGCGCGCCCACAAAUUCAGCCAUUUAUCUCAGCCUGAGUGGCUGCGCUGCAAACUCUGCUACAAGGGCUAUUCGGAUCAUCAAGAAGUGGUCAGGCAUCUGCUGCAGCAGCACCAUAUGGAUACGCUUAUGUCAGAGGACGCCGAGGAAGAGGAAGCUCCAAUGGCGAUAAUGACGGAGGAUGAAUGCUUCGAAGACAAUGGAAACGGUGAGGGAAAUAACGCCCUCUUGGACGAGGAUUCGCCCUACUUUGAAGACGCACCAAGACGUGGCGGUCGCAUUAGCAGUGACGAUAUUUACGAGCCUCACAUCGACUACCUCUGUCCGCAGUGCGGCAAAGAGUUCAUCGAGAAGAAGCACUGGCGCACCCACGUGGUUAUGGCGCACAACAUGAACGAUCUGUCCAAGCUGAACUUCGAGAUGAUCAACGAGCGGCAGCUAAAGUGCACCGAGUGUGAGAAGAUAAUCACGAACGCUUAUGGAAUCCAGAAUGCCCAGCAGCACAGGAUCACGCAUCUUCCGUUCAAGGCGUAUGCCAGGUGUCGCAAGUGUCACAAGUCCUACACGGACAGAAAGGGUCUUGUCAAGCAUCUUGCUACAUAUCAUCGCAUUGGUUGUGGGCCACGAAAGUCAGUGGGUGGAGUUGGCGCCCCAGCUCAGACGCCCACUCCCACCAAGCAACCUCGCAAGCAGAUCGUGACGGUCGCCAAUGAAACGUACGAGAUAAUCUACUUGGAUGACCUGGAGCAGGGCAGCAUGGAAGAGGAGAACGACUUUGGCGAACAAAUGCAGGCGGAAGAGGAGGAUUAUCCAACUGCGGCGCCUGCACCACCACCGCCGCCAUCGGUACAAGGCAACCAUCAUCGCUAUAAAUGCGUCCACUGCGGCACACUUUUCCCCACCCAGGCGGCCGUCCGGGUUCACAUUAGCGAGAAACGUUGCCGAAAGACAGUGGGCAGAAGGCAUCGACAGGCAACGGCUAACUCGGACCCAUCCAUUCCCACCGUCGAACAAAACUACAUCUUCCUCUGUCCCUCUUGCGGCAUGGAGUACAAGACGCAGUUCGAGUGGCGACGCCACAUCAACGAGGUUCACAACUUUGACAAGCGACAGUAUCUGAACAUGAGGCAAUUGGAUAAAUAUCGCUACCAGUGCACCCAGUGCAAGGACAUAGUGUGCAACUCAAAGCUGAAGGGUUUGCAGGACCACCACUUCCGCCACCUUCCCUACCGACUGUAUCUUAAGUGCCUGAUCUGCGGCACUUGCUAUAAUCACAAGCCGAACAUAGCUGCACAUUUAAGAGCCCGUCAUAGUAUAUACGACAGGGAGACUCCGGUGAUGAUCACCAAGCCGAAGCACGUGUUCGGCCGCUACAAGAGUAGCAGUAGGGAGAAGCCCAGACUACCCUCUCCUCCUCCCCCUGCGCCGUCUCCACCGGGAUGCUCUACCUCUGUCCCCUCCGCGGCGACCAGUCGCUCUCUUAAACCACAACCCGGUGGCCUACCCACCCGACCCGCUGGUCUCAACACGCUAGAGGACAGCAUAUCGUACCACAAUGCAGUGGAUUUGGACUUCAUUACAUACUUCUGUCCCAAGUGUAACCAGAACUUUGACUCGCAUGCUUUUUGGCGCAAGCAUAUUGUGGAGCAGCACAACUUCAACAGCCGCGAGGGCCUAAACUUCCGGCAAAUUGACAACCAUCACUACCUGUGCCUUGAGUGCUACAAGCGGGUGACCGUGACCCACACCAAGGGCGCCAUAGGGCAGCUGCAGUCGCACAAGUUCCGCCAUCUGCCGCACCGAUCCUUCAAGUGUUUAACCUGCGACGGGGAGUUUGUGCGCAAACAAAUGUUCUUCAAGCACCUGAAUCGCGACACUAAUCGGUGUGACAAUCGCCCUCACCGGGACUUGGAAGACGAGGAGGCGGAUCAGGAGACGCAGUUGCGCACCAUUUACCACAUGGCGUGUCCGCAGUGCGGCGAUAACUUCACAACCCGCAACAAAAAGCAGUGGCGCGAGCACAUCAACGACUACCACGGUCUGGCAAAGCUGGACCUUUUGCACAUGAACAAGGUAAGCGAGGACCUCUACCGCUGCCAGGACUGUGACGAGGAGCUGCAGACGAAACGACAGUGGGUGUUGCAGUUCCACCGAUUCCAGCACCUGCCCCACGCAGCCUACAUACGUUGCAAACUGUGCAAGCAAAGCGACGAUGCGGGUGCAGCAACGGCGGGCGAGUUUCACAGCCUUCGUGAGCUGCAACAACAUCUCCGUAAGCACCAUCCAACCGUGGGCGAAGGCGAGAUGAUAUUACUCCGCGAGCAGAUCGUCCUGGAGGAGAAGGAGCAGGAGGACGCCUCAGAACUGCCCGCAGAAGAAGACAAUCAGGCUGCUCAGGAUUCAGGACCGUAUAUGCCGCUGCCGCCGCAUUUAUUGGACGAUGGGGAAGAAAUCGAAGACCAGUAUCUGCUGGGCUAGGAUCACAAAAAAAUCAUUGAUUUAUUCGACAAAACUCCUAGUGGCAGCAUGUAAUCUUUUGAGCAAAGUUGUAUUUUUUAAAGAAUCUUACAUUUACAUAGAAUCUCUAAAAAGUCUCGAAAUUACUGGACAUUUUGUCAUUGUUUCCCAAACAUUUUUAUAACUCAACUUUUUUGUUACGGGUACCUUAAUUGUUCUGAUAUUUUAUCUCGUGAUUACACCAAACAUUAAAGUUUGGCCCUUAAAUAACAUUACAUUUACUUGCCAAAGUAAAAUUUUAAUGUCAAAAUAGCAUUAAAAAAGUAUUUUUCCUAAUUUUUAGAAAUUUUCAAUCUUAGAUAUUUUAAAAAUUCAAAAAUAAUAAUACUGUCGUUUAGGAAAAAGUGCCAAACUCAAAUCGAAUUCGACAUUUUUUUAGGUAUUAAUUUAUUUGUAUUUCGUUUUAAAAGACGAAGAUUGCAUGUUGCCACUCUGAUGUAUCAGUUUUUUUUUAACACAAAUCGAAUUAACCCAAUCCACUUCCCAACACUUGUACUUCCAGUGGUAGGCAGAAUCUGAUAGUUGCCCCUAUGGGCUGCUCUUUCAUGAGAUUAAGUAAAGUAUUCUUAGAGAUUACCUAUAGAUACAGACAAACUCUUAUUUUGGACUCUUAGCUAUAGUUUAACUUUAGGCAACCCUUUUUAAUUACUAGUUGUAAGUACUUAAGAUAUUUAUUUCCCAGCCUAAUCUUUAUGAAAAAUAACUGAUAUUAUCAAAAUUAAAAUAAAAUAAAUAUUAUAAAUAUA